AUGGCCCUGUUCUCAGGCCUGGUUCUUACAAACAUCAUGCCCCUGCAGCAGAAGGGUGGGCUCUGCAAGCUUGAGGAAGAGCCAAGAGAGUCCCCGCUGCCAUGGGAUGCAUGGCUGCUGGAGGGGGAGGAUCAGGAGGGAGAUGUGGAGGAGGUGGAGGAGGAAGGAGAGGUAGAGGAGGAGGGGGCAGCAUCUCCAUCCUCAUCCUCCUCUACCUCCCUGUCUUCCUGCUCUGUCCCCAUCCUGGUCCCCCAGGAGGAGAGAUCUGCUGCUGCUGUGUCCCCAGGUCCUCCUCAGAGCGCUCAGAGUGUUUGUCCCUCACCCAGUGCCAUGGCAGGCACUCCAGGGAGCCAGUCCAACAAGGGCACCAGCAGCCCUGAAGAGGAGGGAUCGAGCACCUGUGGGACCCAGGCAGUCACUCAGGCCUCGCUCCCUGACACGCUCCGCAUGCAGGUGGCUGGCCUGGUGCUCUUUCUGCUCCUCAAGUAUCGCACCAAGCAGCCGACCACACAGGCGGAGAUGCUGACAGUGGUCAGCCCAGAUGUCCAGGACCAGUUCCCUGUGAUCUUCCACCAAGCCUGCCAGUACCUGCUGCUGGUCUUUGGUGUUGACGUGAAGGAAGUGGACCCCGGCGGGCACUCCUACGUCCUGGACACCAUUCUCGGCCUGACCUGUGAUGGGAUGCUAAGUGGUAAGCAGGGCAUGCCCACGACCAGCCUCCUGGUGGUGGUCCUGGGAGUGAUCCUCCUGGAGGACGACCAUGCCCCUGAGGAGGAGGUGUGGAAAGAGCUGAGUCUCAUGGGGGUGUGUGCCGGCAGGGAGCACAUAUUCUAUGGGGAGCCUAGGGAGCUGCUCACCGAGGUCUGGGUGCAGGAAGGGUACCUGGAGUACCGGCAGGUGCCCGGCAGCGAGCCCGCACGCUACGAGUUCCUGUGGGGUCCCAGGGCCCACGCGGAGACCAGCAGCGUGCACGUGCUGCAGCAUAUCCUCAUGGUCAGUCGCAGGCUGCUCGGGGCCUCCCUGUCCCCGUGUCACGAGGCUGCCAGCAAUGAGGAAGAGCAGGCGUGAGCCAGAGGAGCAGCCGGGCCCUUUGCGCCCGGGUUCCAGCACCUUCCCCUGAGGGGUAGGAGGCCAGGCUCCUUCUUCCCUGUGCCUGGGAGCUGGGAGGGCACUGGGCGCUGUGAGUAGGGGAGGGCCAGGGCUGCUUGGGGGAAAAUGGGACCCAGAGCAUGUUUGGGUGGCUCCGUGUUUGUUCUCUGUCUAUGCGACCUCGGAAAUCCAUCUUUGUUUCCUUGAGGAAGUUUUCAAAUGUUGUUCUUG